CUUUUUCGACUUGCAAGUCAUGUUGGUAGCCAUGUGGAAAGCGGCGGUCAAAAUAGGAUAGCAAUAAAUUCGGUCAUUUCGAAUGUCACCUAGAAAUCAAAUUAUUCUUAUUUCUUUGACUUGAGAUAAGCUAAUUUAGGGGCCCUAUAGUUAAAAACAAGGCUGCGGAGUCGAUGGAUUUUCGGCGACUCCGACUCCGACUCCGACUCCGGCUUUCAAAAACCAGCUCCGACUCCGACUCCGACUCCGGGCAGAAUUGUCGACUCCGACCGACUCCAACUCCCGACUCCGACUCCGCAGACUUAGCAGGGCUGCGGAGUCGACAGAUUUUCGGUGACUCCGACUCCGACUCCGGCUCGGGUUUCUAAAAUCGACUCCGACUCCGACUCCGACUCCGACUCCGGUCACAACUGUCGACUCCGACCGACUCCGACUCCGACUCCGACUCCGACUCCGACUCCGCAGCCCUGGGUCACUUAAAAAUGUCGCAAAUCCAGCGACGACUAUGUUUCUCUCUCGCACUCGACGCUUCACGGCGGUGUCACCGAUGCCGUCUGCCCGUGUGAAGAUGGCCCGCCUGUGACCUUGGCCAGGCCGCUGCCGGUCCGCCGUAUAAAAGCAGCCCGCUCUGACCUGCAGGCCACCAGUUGACGGAGACAGUCGAGACCGACUCAUCGGUACCACAGAACUCCACUGAGACGAUCAUGAAGCUUCUCCUGGUGCUUGCCGUGCUCGGUCUGGCCACCGCUCGGCCCGAGGAGCGCGGCUACGGCUCUCAGCCCGCCAGCGGCUACGGAGCGCCCCCUGAACAGGAGGGAGCCGCCUCCGGGCAGCAGCCCAGCGUCCAGACGGCCUACAGCACGCCGGACGGAGCCGCCUCCGGACCCGAGGGCAACGUCGCAGAACUGCCGGCCUCCUACAACUUCGAGUACGCCGUGCAGGACGACGAGAGCGGCAACAACUUUGGCCAGCAGGAGACCCGCGACGGCGACGCCACGUCGGGCUCCUACUAUGUGCAGAUGGCCGACGGCCGCAUGCAGAUCGUCAACUACUCGGUCGAGGGCGACUCCGGAUACGUCGUCGAUAUUCAGUACGAGGGAGAGGCAAACAUCGAUGCCGCAGCGUCUGGCCAGGAGGGAAACGUGGCAACGCCCAACCAGUCCUAUGGACUGUAAAUGGAGCAGCAUCAUCAUCGGUCUUUGGAGUUGAUACUGCAGCACUUUUUUGUGAUUACCUGAUACUGCGGAACUGAUGUAAGCGAUCGAACAGAAUGUCUCAAUGUGCCAUUGUGUAGAUUUGAGACGAUUUCUCAUCGAGAGGAUGGUUAUUUAUUUGAGUGUGUAAAUAACUUAUUUAUGUCAUGUGUGAUCUUUCUGUUAUGUGAUCUGUGUCCUGAAAUGAAAAAAAAAUACAUGCAAGUUUAUCUUACAUAGUGAACUGAUGAGCUUUUCUGACAGACGAUAGGUCCUACCAAAGCAAGUAAAUGAUGUACCCGAGUAAACUUGUCUGUUGGUCCAUGUGCCAUCGAUCAUCAAAUACGGCACCGAUGAAAUCGGCUGCUGUAUAUUACACCGGUGCCUUUCGUUGUAUACCAAUCAUCUUUCAGAUAUCUGAAUGUAUAUCGUUCAGCCGUUUACAAUUUUUGUUUCACCCGUCUUAUUUUUCUUUGGAUGUCUUUAUCACCCUGUGCAAAAUUAAUGGACUACGUUUGGAGCGAACCGUGGUUCAGAAAGAUAACAAAUAAAUAUCUACCAAAUUUAA